AGGCCUAUUGGGUAAGUUCAGUACUCGAAGCAGACAUGGUGGAUAAUUCGUCGUGCCCAGUAUCGUUGGAUUUGGUUCUGGCUGGGACUUCUUCAAGGAAUCAAGCGAUUCAAUGUUAUUGCUUACCUUCAACAUAUGGAAGCUCUGGUUCGCAAAAUAGCGCUCUCGCUGAAUAGAACAAGCGAGUCCGACACAGCGCAAACCAGUUUCUUCUUCUUCUUCACCUGCGUCGUGAUAUCUCGGUGCAGCGUGUAUCGACUCUGCACACAAUUCUGCCAUUGACCUUCACGACGGAUUUGAUUGCAGGAGUGAGAAGCACUUGAAAUAUUUAUCCAUUCUGAGGGCGCCAUCCAUGUGGGUCUUGAUUGCAAGAGUGAAUUUCUUGUUUCUGAUGAUGCUUUCAGGCCACCUGAAAUUACAGAGCCUGUGAAUGUUGUGAACAACAUGGUCAUCAACCAAUUGAACGACUCUGUUUGUACUUGAAGUGGGCUUUGUGGGUUUUCAAUCGUGGAUAUCAACGACAUCACAGAUUCCUGAACCCAAACGCACGAAAGUCUUGAGAGAUUUUCCCUUGUUUGGAGGUCAAAACAACUUGGGUAGGCAGCCAUGCAUAAUUUCAGAGUUUAAGCUGAUGGUGUAAUCAUGGUUGGUUAGCUUAGCUGCUUGCUUCAGUGUAAAUGCCUUUUUUUCUUGGAUGCUGGAAGUGCCUCUUAUAAUUGGCUAAGUAGCAAGAUGUGGUGUCAUCAAAUGCUCUGCAAAUGCUCUGUCUUCCAAAGUCUGGUUCAGUCCUAGCCAGCUCAGUCUAACAAUCCAACCCCAAUUCAGUCUUGUCCAAUCUGGCUCACCAAACAGGGCCUAAGGAGUAUGAAAGUUGAAGGCUUUCCCAGUAAAAGCACCAUUUCAGCAAUCAAACGCGGCUUUCAGAGUCAGUGUGUUUCCAAUGUCAAAUUGGAUGGUGAAGAUUUUGUGUCAAAAUUGCUUGAUAGAAGAUGGACAUUGCCCCACCCAGAUGCCAAAAUUCACCAAGUAAUGCUCUCCACUAGCAAAGUAUCACAACCAGGCAGAGCCUUCUCUGAUGUUUCCUUCUUCAACAAAAUUAACCCUUCUUUUAGUCAUGGUUUGAUGGACAAGGACGAUCGGGAACCUUCUUUCUUUAUUGUGAGGGAUGACCUGUUGCAUCCGUUGAUAAAUGGUAAUAAAGCUAGAAAAUUGGAUGGAUUGAUUCCCCUUGUCGAAGAUCACUCAGUGACUCAUGUGGUCACUUGUGGAGGUUGUCAAAGUGCACAUGCGGCAGCUGUUGCUGUUUCAUGUUCAGAGAGAGGAUUAAAAUCACAUUUACUUCUACGAGGAGAGCAACCUGAAAUACUGACAGGCUAUAACUUGAUUUCAACAAUAUAUGGAAAUGUCACAUAUGUUCCAAGAUCUCUUUAUGCCAAUAGGGAAAUGAUGUUAAAGAGCCAUGCUGAUUAUUUGGCAGGCAGCAUUGGUAGUGUCAUAUGGUUUGAUGAUAUUUUGAAGGCUUCUUUGAGUGAAAAUGAUGGUGCUCUGAGCUUUUUGCAAAAGGAUGCUCAUAGAAGUGACCAUCCUCGGAAAAUCGUAAUUGUUAACGAAGGUGCAGGAGAUGUUGUAGCAUUACUAGGCCUGAUUCGCCUAGUGCAGUACUUAUCCCAGAAUCACAUACUUGGGAAAGAAAGGCCCUUGAAGCUUGUUGUAGAUGCUGGAACUGGGACAACAGCUGUUGGCUUAGGACUUGGAGCCAUAUGUUUGGGGCUCCCAUGGGAGGUAACUGCAGUGAUGCUGGCUGAUACAAUUGAUGGGUAUAGAAGUCAAGAGAAGCGUUUGAUUUCCGAUUUCAAGAGGCAUUUUGGUCUUCAAAUUGACCACUGCUUUGAUGAAAUAGAUAGAGGACUUGUGCAUUGGGUAGAACGUUGCCAUCCAAGAAAGUUUGGCAAUGUUUUAGAAGGGGAGGUCGAGGCAUGUCAACACAUUGCACAACAAACUGGUAUAUUAGUGGAUCCAGUGUAUACACUUGCUGCGUGGGAGAUGUCAAUGGUCCUUCGUGAACAGGAAGCAGAAGGAGGUGCAACAGUGGUGAUGCUUCACACUGGAGGCACUCUAGGCAUGUUUGGAUUAGCACAGAGAUACAAAUCUUACUUCUCUAACCUCAAAGCUGGGCUUUCCAACUAAACAGGUAGCUGAGUUCACUGGAUUCAUUUGAACAGUUCAAAUUCAUACAUUUGUAUCUCCAUUCAACUUUCAAUUGAUUUUGAGAAAUUAUAGUGAAAUAUUCUUUAAGGUUACAUGUCAA